AACCACGGGGAAAAAUGAAAGUGACUGUUUCGCGGACAUAUUGUGUGUAAGUGUUGUGCUUAACUGAGUGUGCAAAAGAGUGAUCAUGCGCGCCAUCAUACUGUCUGUGCUUCUGGGCACACUUGGAGUUAUUGAGUGUUGCAAUUUCUAUCCCGUCGGAGAAUACUUAAAGUUCGUGAGGAUACCAGAAAAUUUGAGUGUUGGAGGUGAAGUGUUACAAGUUGAAGUACAUCCCAGAAAGAACCUGCUCCUCCAGGCGGUAGACCGAGAGGACGACGCCCACCUCUUCACAUACCGUGACGUCAACCGCACCCACGUGGCCGUGAUCCUGGCGCAGAGCGUGGACCACCUGGUCGACAGCGACACGCCACAGAAUGUGGUCAAGUUCAGGCUGGGCUGCGACUUUGAUGCCGGCGAUGAUCUGAUAUCAGCGUACCUGUCUGUGACGGUCUACAUAGAAGAUAUCAACGAUAAUAUACCCACCUUCAUAGACGCGCCGUACAGAGUCAGCGUGGAUGAACUUACUCCACCAGGUUUGAUCAUAUACCGGGGUAUACGUGCGUUCGAUAGAGACAAACCCAACACGCCGAACUCCGACGUGCAGUACACCAUAGUGUCUGGCGAUGAGGAGAAUCGUUUCGCUCUGGAGAGUUCACACAAGCCGGGCCUGGUGCUGAAGAAGCCUUUGGACUAUGACAAUGGGGACAGAGAGUUCCUGCUCACAAUAACAGCAUCGGAUCGCGGCUCCCCACCUCGCAGCUCCAACACCACCGUUCACAUCAUCGUGCUGGAUAAUGAUGACCUGUCUCCCAAGUUCACUCUUGAUGUGUAUAGAACUAAAAUACCGGAGUUUUAUCCACUUAUGAAUAAAAGAAUCCACCAAGAGCUAUCGUUUGAACAACCAAUUCGAGCGUUUGAUCAAGACACUGGCGUGGCGGCGCCAGUUCGUUACGAGCUGGUGUCUGGUAAUGAGAGGAGGCUCUUCUCCCUCAGCCCCUUGAAUGGCAGCCUGUUCCUGGAUAAAGAGAUCGACUUGGAUGCUGAGAGCGCUUUACCGGGAAAUACAUUCAUAUUACAAAUACAAGCGGCCCAAGUGGAUAAUCCUUUGAAAACCGCGCAGGCGAGGGUGGAGCUAGAGAUAUUGGACCUAAACGACAAUCUGCCCGAGUUCGAGGUGGACUUCUAUAAUAUCAGCAUCGUCGAGAACUUGCCAAAUGGUUUCAGUGUUCUUCAAGUAAUGGCCACUGAUAAGGAUCAAGGGGAUAACGGCGAAUUUACAUAUCAACUGCAUGACCCUAAUGGAGCCUUUUCUAUUGACCCUAGAUCUGGUUGGCUUACUGUCAAAAACCAAACCGUCUUAGAUCGCGAACACCAUUCGUCCCUACGAAUGAAAGUAUUCGCUAAAGAAAAGAAUCCGAGCAUUGUAGGUACAUUCCUGGAUAAACAAAGAUUGUCUAAAUGGCGAAGAAAUCCCGCUCCAAAACUACCACCAUCAAAAGAAAAAACAACAUAUGUGUUUCCAGAUAGAAUAGGAACAAAAGCAGAAAAUAUUGAGUAUAAUGAUGAUACACAUCAGUUGAUGUCGUUUGUUACUGUUGAAGUAACAUUACUAGAUGCAAAUGAUAAUAAUCCCAUUUUCAUACCAAGUAAUUUGUAUGAAUUCUCCGUUAAAUCCAAUGCGAAGAUAGGAACUGAAAUUGGAAGUGUAAAAGCAGUGGACCAUGAUUUAGGAAGGAAUGGCAUAGUUUUAUAUGAUUUACAAAGAACGAGCAAUCUGACAAUUACAUCGCCGUUUCAAGUUGAUGCUAAAACAGGCGUGAUUACAUUGGCAGAAUCGCCGAUUUUAGACGGGAGGCAUGCUUUAUUCAUUGAAGCGUCUGACCAGCCAGCAAACCCCAGUGAAAGAAGAUAUUCUUUAGCUGUGGUAACCAUUGACGUCAUAAAUAUAAACAAAGGUUCUAAAACCGAUAAACCAGAUUUUAUUGGAUCUCCUUACGAAUUUUGGGUUGGAUCAAAUGUCGGCAUUGGAACAAGCGUUGGGCAAAUAAGGGUAAACGAUGCCAUGCAAAAAGGAGAAUUAUCCUAUGAUUUAUUACACGGCUAUGAAGAAGGAGUACCAUUUGCGGUCGAAGAGCGUUCCGGUGUUAUAACAGUAGUGGAUGAGUUAUCUAAGUUCGAUCGACCGGUUUAUGACUUUGAAGCUGUGGCAAUACAAGAAAAAUAUAAUUAUUCAAUAACAACAAAUGCGACAGUCCAUGUUGUGGACGUUAAUGAUGAGAGAGGUGUCUUUUUGAAAGGAACGCAUUCGCCGCUCGUGUUUCAUGUUAAAGAAAAUAUCGCUGGAGCUACAAUUGGACAAAUAUUUCCGAGCAAUAUGAGUAAUCUGUCUGUCAAUUAUACUGGAAAAGUAAGGUUCAUUAUUGCGAACCAGCAAGACGUUUCUGAUGAUGUGGCUAUUGGGCAAGAUGGUACAAUUUAUGCACAGAAACCAUUGGACAGAGAAAAGAGGGAUACUUACAGAAUGACCGUAAUAGCUGAGUUUGUCAAAGGAGUUAUUUCGGGUGCUAAUUUGUAUCAAGUUACGAUACAUGUUGACGAUGAAAAUGAUAACCCUCCAGUGUUUGAGUUACCCGUUUAUGAAGGGACGAUAACUGAAAAUGCAUCGAAAGGAACUGAAGUGAAAAUGAAUAAUAAAAUAAAAGCAAAAGAUGCGGACACAGGGACAAAUGCUAUAUUCACAUACACUCUUUUUGGUGACGGCCAUGAAUUAUUUAAUGUCAACGAAGAAACGGGUAUAGUUACGUUUAUUGGAAAUAAACUUGACAGGGAAGAAAAAAAUGCUUAUUUAUUAAAGAUUGUAGCCAGAGAUAGAGGUAGUUUAAAUUCAGAAGCCAAAUUAACUAUAUUCGUGACCGACAUUAAUGAUAAUGCACCUAAAUUUGACCAAUUAAUAAUACCUCUUGGUGAAAAUAUAGAAUUAUUAGAAAACUCGGAAUUAAGUUCUGUGAAUGUAUAUAAAGAAAAGGGAAAUGCUACUGGUGUCAUAUUUAAUGUUGAAGCUAAACCUAAGAACAAAUUUGCUGUAACAGUAGAUUCUCCAUUAUUUUUAGUACCUGAAAAUAUUGCAGUGGGUACAACUCUACUAAAAUUACAUGCUAUAGAUAUGGAUAGUGGGGUAAAUGGUCAAAUUCACUAUGAAUUUAUUUCAGAGGUAUUUUUGCCACCUUAUUCACUCCCUCCCACCGCUUUACAGACGAAAAGAUAUUUCGUAAUAAAUGAAAGAUAUGGUAAUAUUGUUGCCGUUAGGGCAUUGCCACCAGAAUCCGAAUUUCGUUUAAAUAUAUCGGCACUAGAUGGUGGCCAACUAAGUGAUCACAUUACUAUAAGACUGUUUAUUAAAGAUGUUAAUGAUCAUUUUCCCAUGUUUAAAAAGGCUUGGUACAGUUUCAAUGUAGAGGAAGCACAGUACAGCAGACGAGUUUUAGGAAAAGUAGAUGCAACCGAUGCUGACUUUGGACAAAAUGCAAAUAUAACAUACUUUAUUGAACCAUCCAAUGAUGACUUACCAUUCGAAAUAUCACCACUGAGUGGAGUAUUUAGCGUCAAUGGUGAACUUGAUAGAGAGAGAGAAGAUAAGUACGUAUUAACAGUCGUAGCUAUGGAUAACGGACAGGAAAAGAAAUUAUCGUCAUCUGUAAGUGUAGAAGUGCAAGUAUUAGACGUUAACGAUAAUGCGCCGAAAUUUUUUGAUUAUAAUGAAUUGUUAGAAUGGAAACACUCGGAAGCAGAUGAAAAAAUUAACCACAAUUAUGAGUCUGUGAAAAUGAUUCCUGUUUAUAAAGCAACACUGGAAGAGAAUGCACCGAUUGGUACUGUUGUAACUAGAGUUUAUGCAAAUGAUUCAGAUUUUAUUGGCAAUGGAAACGGUCUUAUUCUGUACAGCAUACCACAAAAGAAAAAUCAGCUUAACAUAUUUUCUAUCGAUUCCAAGGAAGGUGUUAUAACAACGACAGGAAGAUUAGAUUACGAGACUCAAUCAUUACAUAAUAUAACUGUAAUUGCAUCGGAUCUUGGAUCUCCGAGUUUAAGUUCUACUGCCUUUGUUGUGCUAACUGUGACAGAUGUACCUGACGAAAUUGAAGUAUCGGACAAACCAGUGUUUAUAUCAAGAUAUUAUGAAUUAGAAAUUGAAGAAAAUGUCCAAACUCCAGUUGAACUUGUCACCCUAAAUUUGACUGAAUAUUAUGAAAAUUUCAAAAUGAGAUAUUACAUUUACAAUGAAAACGAGACGGAUAUAAAGAGAACUUUUGUGAUAGAUCCACGUAAUGGAACAUUAUAUUUAAUAAAAAGCCCUGAUCGUGAAACGCGGGAUGUUUAUGAGGUUAUUGUUAGAGCAGAGAGGCAGAAGAUUAGUCGAGAGUUACCGCACAUGAUAUUCCCAGUAGCAGAUGAUAUUUUGGAAGGAAUGACGAAGUUUGAUGUAAAAGUUGUAGUAAGAAUAAAGGACGUAAAUGACAACGCUCCGAGGUUUAUCUACGGUGGGAGACCCAUGGUUACAGCCAUUCCAACGACUGCACCAUUCGGAUAUGAAGUUAUACAAUUGCAGGCGAUAGACGCAGAUGCCGGCAUCAAUGCGGAUAUUCGCUACCAAGUGAUCAACUCAGAAGGCAGGUUCAGUGUGGACGCGGUGAGCGGGCGCGUGCGGGUGGCGGGCUCGUUCGCACGGGACGCGGGGCGGGUGCUCGGCUUUGAUGUUAAGGCCACUGAUAGACGCGGCGCGGAUGACGGCCGAUCGGCGAUUGCCAAUGUUUUUGUCUACGUGCUGGAUGAGAACAAGCAACUGGUCAUAGUCGUAGCUGCGAAGCCCAUGGAAGUCGAAAAAGAACUGUACAAUAUAACAAGGUACCUUUCCAACAUGACCGGUUUUGAUAUUCGCGUGAGAAGACUAGAAACUAGCAUCAAGACUGCUAUGGAUGGCUAUGCAACCGACAUGUACAUUUAUGCUGUUGACCCAAUAUCUAAUGCUAUAAUUGAUAUGGAUGUGUUGCAAAAGUCAUUAAUGAAGAGAGAAGUAGCAUUGCGUCAUAAUUUAGCCGGGUUCAAAGUUCUAGAAGUUGGUGACACUACAAUGGUUCAAGCAAGAAGUGCCCAAAUGUUUAGUACUAUGGAAAUUAGUGUUGUCGCUCUAGGAUGCCUGGUGUUUAUCGGUGCCUUCACGACCGCCAUUUGUAUACUCUGCGUCCGCAAAACAAAAAGAAAUCGUCAUCAACCAUAUUCCCAACAUCGCCAUAAAGCUUUCUCUACUGAGCAUCUCAGUAAAUUCGGAGGUCUCUUCCCGUCUGGGACCAAUCAGUGCCAAGAACUGAAUCAGUCAUAUAGCGAAGCUGACUCUUAUAUCGAUGUAAUUAAUCAAAAUCCCACAAAGAAGAUCUGUCCACACGGUAACACUAUUGAGGAAUUUGGGAAAGCACAUCAGAAAUGUAUUAAAGGUCAAUUUGAUAAUAUUAACGGAUCGGAAAUAUUCAACCACAAGCACGAGAGGAUGUGUAUUAAAUUUAAUCAAAGACCAUCGAAGAGGAAAGGACAGGAAACCUCGAUAACGUCAGUGAAUUCCAGCGGACAAGACUCCGGCAUCGCUGAGGCGAAGUGUCCCUGCGGACAGUCUUCUGUGCAAACUUCGGAAGAGAGCAGUGGUUGCAGUUAUGAAGAUUCCCUGAAAUCUAAUCAUAACCACGACCGCAAAGCCUAUCGAGAUUCAGAACCUAGGUUCAAUAGACGAGCAUCAUUCGGCCACCAGCCGUUAGACAUUCGGCGGUAUAACCACAGACGCCAGUCCUUCUCGGAAAAUCUACAGCGUCACUUCCCAUCCUUCGAAAGAAUCGGGUCCGCAUCGAGAAUAACAAGGCAAGCCUCAACACCAAACGUGAACGCUACUCAGUCUUACUUCCUAAACGGAAAGAAGAAUUACAGAAGGAAAGAAGUUAUGAACGAACCCAUGAUAGACUACGAUCACAGCGAAAAUGAAGACCACUUCGACACGAGGCUGCGGAAGUUGAGCAGCACUCGAAAGGUGGGAAGUUUCGUUGAUUUGAGUGGACAGCCAGCUAUGUUUGUGGCCACACCAGCGGCUGCAGAGAUCAUGAGGAGGCAAGGCAGUGAAAGGCUAAUGUUUGCGAGACCGUUAUGAGAUAUUUCGGUUGUUACUAGUUGCCAUGGCAACGACGAAGCUUUAAGAGUAGUGACGGAAGGAAUUGUUAACUUGUACAUUUGAAUAAUAAUAAGUGUAAAAUUGUAGUGUAACGUAAUAGUUAGUGCCAUUGCGGAUAUUUGACUUACCACCUUUGUAGGAUAGCGAUUUGUAAUUAUUUAUCUAAUGACUUGUAAAUAGUGAUGUAAUAAAAUUUGUAUGUUUUUUUU